GGCCGCGCGGGUCCUCGGCUCGGGCGGGGGGCGCGCGGCGCCUCGGUCUGGGGGACGCGGGGCGGCCUCGCCGGCGUCGUGCGCUGUGUGUGUGGUGUGAGCGGGAUCGCGCGCGCGCGCGGUCGGGCGACAGAUAAAAGUUUGCAUCAGCUAGUCCUUGGAAGGAAGAACAAGCAGACCGAGAUGUGUAGCUCCGUGUCUGGUAAGCUGUGGUUCUUGACAGAUCGUCGCAUCCAAGAAGACUACCCACAGAAAGAGAUCCUAAGAGCUCUGAAGGCCAAAUGCUGUGAAGAGGAAUUGGACUUUAGGGCUGUAGUGAUGGACGAGGUGGUGCUGACAGUCGAGCAAGGAAAUCUGGGUCUGCGGAUCAAUGGAGAGCUGAUCUCUGCCUACCCACAGGUGGUGGUAGUGAGAGUUCCAACCCCAUGGGUGCAGAGCGACAGUGAUAUCACUGUUUUGCGCCACCUAGAGAAAAUGGGGUGCCGGCUGAUGAACCGGCCUCAAGCCAUCCUGAACUGUGUUAAUAAAUUCUGGACGUUUCAAGAGCUGGCUGGGCACGGUGUGCCUCUACCAGAUACUUUUUCUUACGGUGGCCAUGAAAACUUUUCUAAAAUGAUUGAUGAAGCGGAAGUCCUGGAGUUCCCAAUGGUGGUGAAGAAUACACGGGGUCAUAGAGGCAAAGCUGUUUUCUUGGCACGAGAUAAACACCAUUUAGCUGAUCUAAGCCAUCUUAUUCGGCACGAAGCUCCAUAUUUGUUCCAGAAAUAUAUCAAAGAGUCUCAUGGAAGGGAUGUGAGAGUCAUUGUUGUGGGAGGCCGUGUAGUUGGCACCAUGCUACGCUGUUCGACAGAUGGAAGGAUGCAAAGCAACUGUUCCCUAGGUGGUGUGGGGAUGAUGUGCUCAUUGAGUGAACAAGGGAAGCAGCUAGCUAUCCAGGUGUCUAAUAUCCUGGGGAUGGAUGUGUGUGGCAUUGACCUGUUGAUGAAAGAUGACGGCUCCUUCUGUGUCUGCGAGGCCAAUGCAAAUGUAGGUUUCAUCGCCUUUGAUAAGGCUUGUAAUCUAGAUGUAGCUGGUAUCAUAGCAGACUAUGCUGCCUCCCUUCUGCCCGCUGGGCGGCUCACCCGGCGCAUGUCCCUGCUCUCUGUGGUGUCCACUGCCAGUGAGACCAGUGAGCCGGAGCUCGGUCCCCCUGCCAGCGCUGCUGUCGACAACAUGAGCGCCAGUUCCAGCUCUGUUGAUAGCGACCCUGAAAGCACCACCGAGCGAGAGCUGCUCACCAAGCUCCCAGGGGGGCUGUUCAACAUGAACCAGCUGCUAGCCAAUGAAAUCAAACUCCUGGUGGAGUGACUCCACUGGUAAAUAGUUAAACAACAAAACCCUUGUAAAACUGUCUCCCUGCACCCCAUCCCCUUCCCCUUAACCAACUUGCAAUGCUGUUCAUGGAGAAUGUUCAGAAGGUUGAGAUAAAGGUAAAGUAAGAUUGAUUAGAUGAAGGGAAAAUAGAUGAGACCCCUUAGUGUAAUACUUAACUGAUUCAUUUACAGAUCUCACAGAGAGGAAUACGAAGUGACACACAGAGAAAUGGCAGGCUCUCAUGUUAACCUUUUCAGUUACUAAAAGCCUGCUUAAGGCCAUGAGGAACAUGAGAAGUUUUUUUCCCUCUCCUCAUGGUUUCUUGCUUUUGUCUUUAUGUAGAGUGGUUUCGAUUCAAGAACUUGGUAGCAUGACUUCAGUUUCAAGAUUUGUAUAGAGAAAAACAUCCACUUAAAAUCCAGAAAUGUUUUAAAUAAUAAUCUGAAAAUUCUGCCCGUUUCUCUCAGCUAGCAUUUAGCACAUAGUUUAUGAACUCUAAGGGGCUCUGACUGGAAUUUAUAUUCAUGUUUGUCUUUGUUUUUUUUUCCCCUUAAUUUGGGUGGGAGGGUAAUGUGACUAUAACCCAAUAAAGAUUUUUAAUAACAAAAUUGGCAUGUUUGCAUGAUGAAAGGGAAAUGAACAGUAUUGCAAUGUUUGGUAUACAAAGUAGCAUUUACUCAGUGUAGAUGGUUACACUAGUUGAAGUUUGUGCAUUGACUUGUAUUUGCUAGUGAUUUAGUCUUUCUCAAAGGAUACAUGCUCUGUUACUGUUACAUUGUUAACACAUGCUGGUAACACCCUUGCUCUAUGACUGCAUCUUUAACAAUGGCCAAAGUAAACAAUGCUACUUUUCUGGUUAACAAGACACCACUCAAAACAUACAUUUAAAAGUCUCCCUGCCUUCCCUUUUUUCUGUUUGGAUGAGUUAAACAUUUAAGGAUAUAAAAGACAUUUCUGGAAGGCAAGUCAAGAUAUUAGGUAUAAAGCUGAAAGGAUUUCUUAAUGCUAACUUUUUAUGUUUGCAGUUUUCACAUUUUAGAAAGAAGUAUAUAUGUUGCAUGCAAGUGUACAUGUUUUAUUCUUUGUUUACACCAAACAGAAUAGAUUCUAGAGAAUGGCAUGAUGGGAAACAGUUUUUUACUUAAAACAAAACAGAUGAAUUGCCUUAGACCUCGAUAGUAUAAGAUACUCCCCGAAAGACAAUAGGAAAGUAGAUGUUUCUUAGGCUUUUCUGUGUGUAUGAAUGUUGUUUGUUUUUGUAGACUGUUUGGUGUAUGAUUUAUUCAAGGCUACAUGCUUUUAUUUAAUGUCAUGGCUGUGCAUUUUGUUUUUUAUGCUUAAGAUCUGGAGGGAGGUGGGCUGGUUGUUUUGGGGGGGGGUUAUUUAAAUAUUGAGUCUCAUAGCCCUACUCCUAAGCCUUCGGUACUGACCACUCUGUUCCUUUUUUGAAUUGAUGAAAACCCCAAACUGCAUAUAAUAUGAGCCUUUAACACGAGGAGUAAAAUCUAGUCGUGAGUCUGGAAGAUGUGUUAAGAAGUGGAGAUGCUUCAGGGGUCAACAUAAUUCCCCAAGCUUUUCUUGCUUCUCCAGUGCUGUUUUUCUUCAGAUGGACCUUAACAUAAUUUCUCGGACACUACUUAGAGACUUGAAGGCGAUAAUAAGACAUCAGUAUCAUCCAGCUCAACAGAGGUUUGAUCAUGGUUAACUGUGUAGUUCUCUCAUUUUAAAAAGGAAUGUAAUAAAACUUGGUUUUCCCCAUAGAAUUAAAUAAUAUUGAAACGGAGUGAAAGGUUUUAUUGACAAAUAGAAUAGUACCUAAUCUGUGCACUCUCAUUUCACCUCAGAAAAAAGACACACAAGGAGUUCCUAAUCUGUCUUUAGGGCACUCUGAUUGCAUCUGCAGGUUCUGAUUUGCACAGCAUGAUUGGGAGUCAUACAGACGUACCUCUGAUUCGUUAACAGAAUAAAAGUACUUGGUACUUUGCUGAAUGAUCAUAUUUUGGAGGGUGCAUACUAUUUGGUAUAGACAUAAAUGAGCAACUGUGUAAUCAGAUCCUAAGACCAUCUGGUUGCCGCAUACACUAUGAUAGACAUGUAUGUAAGUUCAUGCAUUUGAAAACAAAUAGAGCAUCUUCACUUGUUAAAAUUCACUUCUUAUGGUGGGAUAAAUAAAGAAACAGGGAAAUUAUAGUUAGCCAUUUUUCUAAAGCAAACACUAUAAGAAGUUUCCCCAGCAGUUUGACGCCUGGUUAUGCAGCCGCUGUGGAGAAGUGCAGCUCUUCACCAGCCACCCUCUGGGUAUCACACUCACAUGUCACACUGAAAGCAGGAAGGGUGCUCAUCAAAUUAAGGUAAACAGUAAGAACAGAUCGCUCUGGAAGACCUCAAAGGAAACAAGUGAGAGUUGACUUAUUUUCAUAAAUUUUGUAUAGUCAUCACUACUGUGAGAAAAUGUGUCAAAUUUGUGUAAUCGUGCCAAAAAUCUGAAUUACUGUAAAUUUUUUGUACACUGUUAAAAUUGUAAUUCUUAACUGUAUUUUAAUGAUUCUGAUUUUGUUUUUGUUACUUAUGAUGAGAAUUGGACUCGGAUCCAUGUAUUAUGAACUAUGCCACUUAAACUUACUAAAUUUUUUGAUACUUUGUUCAUUUCUGCUGACUUUUCUCCAAUGAACUUUGAAAUCUUUCUCUAUGCUAUCAAUAAGAAAUUACCUUGGGACGUUAGAAAAAAAUCCAACCAGAGACUUGAUUUCAUCGGGCACUUUCUCAGACUAAGACAAAGCCCUGCAGGCAUUGGAGAGGCCACUGACCAUCAGUCGUCUCACUCAAGAAGAAGAGUGGAAGCACAGAAGCUCCUCAGUCACUGAACCCCCAGUUUGGGGUUGGGGGGUGUUAGAGACACUGUGAAACCCAAUCUUGUGUCAUGUCUCUCUCCUGGUUCGCUGUUUUGAGAAGGUUUGUGGGCUAUUUGGCUGGUGAGACACGAUCCCCUCCUAAGAACAUGUAGGUGCUCAGACAGGUAACCUCUGCUGCUGCUUGUUUGUCUGUUUGUUGGCUUUCAUUUAAAAUUUACUUUUGUUGUGCUAGGAUUUUUUAAGAUGUAAUAUAUUGCAGGGUUUAUAACCAGGUUCACUGCUUUCUUUUGUUUCUUAAAAAAGAAGUUUCAUUUAGUGUAAUGUAGGCGCCUUGGAGUGUUUCAGUGACAAGUAUCUCAGAAGCCUGCCGUUGGAGCCAUCUAGUCUUCCAGAUUAGAUUGGAAAUGUUUUUCGUUUUGGGGUUUCUUUUGCUUUCUUUAUCCCAGUGCACUUUGCCACACCUUUUGGGGUGGCUGCUAACUCUAGUGAAAAUAUUUUUUCUAUGUCAACAAAAAUUUGGUUCUUAAAAUUUCCUUAAUGUUUACAUUUUUAAAAUUGUUUUUCAAGAAAUAUUCUAAUAUUUUGCACUGUUACUGUUCUUUGCCAGCCUUUUCAGGAGCCAAAAUAUACAAAUACAAACAAACAAAAAAUACUCAGAGAAAAUACUUUCCUUCUUCCCCCUUCCUGCUGAUGAGUGAGACGUUUUGAGAGCUUUGGGGUCAGUGCCCUUCUAAACUUCCCCUCCCCCAGUAACGCAGCUGCGCAGUGCGUGCUCAGUGCAGUGGCUCGGACCGUGCCCAGCCCAGCCUGCUGGCAGGUAAUUGGUUUCUCCUUAAUUUCUAUCAGAAGGCUAACAUUAUAUUUUUUUAAGUUUUCUUUCUGUAACACUUUAAAAUCAAGUCUCAGUUUAUCAUAACUUGGGUUUUACAAAUAAUGCAUAAAUAUGGAUGGUAGCAAGUAAUGUGAACAGUUUAUGGGGUAAAGUUUGAGCCGAUGGGGAUGAACUGAGGACGUGGGGAUUGUGUUUAGCCAUUAGACUCUCCAUUUCUGCAUAUAUGUCUAAUUAAGUUUUCCGAGUGUGACUUUGGCUUUGCUUUGUUGUGGGUUUGUUUGUUUCUUCCAUUUGCUACUCUGGCUUAAGCUUUUUCAGGGCUUGGUGUUCCGAACACACAGUGAGCUCACAGUUUAAAGACAUCAAUUAGGAGUUGACAGGUAUGGAAAACUAGAGUUGUGUAAAGGUAAAUUAGGCUUUAGGUUAUAUAUAUGGUUUUUAAAAACUCUGUAGUGUUUAUUUGGCCAUAGUGAAGUGCGAGGGACUUGUGAAGCACAAUAGAAAGCACUUGGUCGUCUUAGAGUUAAUGUGUACAGAAGUAACCAUUGUAGCCUGAUGCACUAGUCAUAACAGGUAAAUAAACAUGACCAGGUGAAGGCCGACCAUAGAUCUAAAGCAUACACAUUAUAGAUCUGAGCAUGAAAGGAAUGUUUCUGAAGCACAGCAUGGUUAACCAGAAUAGUUAGCCAGGGUCGUAAAACAAAGUUAGUGGUAGAGGAGAAGCAUAGGUGUACAAUUUGACAGUCUUUCAUAGUUAUCUCUUCCCUCUGUCUGUCCCUGUCUACACACGGUCUCCUCCCUUCUGUUCUUCCUAAGAUCUUCACUCUGAACACUAGUCCUUGUAUUUACAUUUGGGGCAGAGGAUUUCAGAGCCAUUAGCCAGCACCUUUUUAUCUGCUAUCUUAUAAUGUCCUAUAACAUAUAGCAAAACACUAGUUAGUGAAUAAGAAACCGUAGCCCUUGGUACUUUCUACACCUAAAUAGAGGCAUGUAAUAAAUUAUCAUUAGCCUAUUCUGUGCUUCAGUUGACACAGGAGACAGGGACAUCCUCUAGCAUCUUAAGAUAAUUAUCUAUUGAACUGAACUGAAAUUUACUUGUCCAGGAAUCCCAGCUGCACUCCUGCAGGGCUGUAUGAAGUGUUCUGAGAAGGAGUCGGGAGACUCUUGUUCUCUGGAUGAGAAUGGCCACCAUUACAAUGUUUGCAUAGCGUAGGGUGUGCAGAGUUUAUUUAAACAACCUCCAUUCUGCUGCCCCAUUAAAUACUGCUGACUUGUAAGGAAUCUUGCUUUAGAGUUUAAUGCACUCAAAGUUACGAGGUGGACCUUAUAUAGUAUGUUUACCUGGCUGCUAUUUGGGGUUUGGGGAACAUGAGGGGUGGGGUGAACUGUUGUUGUUUUAGGUUUCAGUCAGACAGACAUCCCUGCGCCUCAGUUCCCAGAAGCACAGCAGGCCUCUAGGAGCAUCCGUGGGAAAGGCGCAGUCCUGGCAUCACCAGCUUCUCCUCCUCAGGCUCAUCCCAUAUGCAGAGGUCAAAAGGGUGGGGCUUGAGAUGGGGGAAGGAACGAGAACAUAGACGCUAUGUCAUUGCAGUGCUGCUGUCGACCAGCUUUUGGUGCUUCUGUCAGUGUGUGUUUGCUUGUUUUAAGUUGGCAAGUCUGUACAUACAUUAUUCGGGAGGGUGGAAAACAAGCCAUUAUCACUGCUAGUCAGUCUUGGGAAUCAGUACGUAACGUCAAAUUUCAAAUGUGGACUCCAGUGACAAAGAAUGGGAAUAGCAGUGAAUAUUAGAUUUUUAAAGGCAGAAGACAUCAUCCACUCAGCUCUCUUAGAACCAUGUUUUGCCAUUCUUUUCCCUCCCCUGAAUUUUUCUGUGUUUGUAAAUAGUUUAAGGAAAAUACAUUCAUGGUCAGCCCUUUCUAAGAGACUUAUUGAAUAUUAACUCUUAUGCAAAAAAAAUAUAUAUAUAUUAUAUAUACCGAGUCUUAUGGGCAUACAAAUGCUACCCUAUUUUAAAUGUAGGUGGCGUAUGUGUUCGUGUUUUAAUGUAUCAGAGCCAUUGGGCAAUAAGCAGUCCAGAACAUUGAAAUCUCAAGCAGCAGAGAGAUAAACUGGUAGGUGGCAGCAGAGAAAGGAAUUCCUCAGACUGAUGGCUGUUGACUGAGAAGAGAUAGCAUGAGACUACCGAGUGGUGGAGGAGCAGCAGAGAUGAAGGCUGGACUCAGGAAGGCUGCCUCUUUACUGAAUGGUUCUCUCCAAGUAACCAGUGAUCUCCUGGAGAAGACAGAACUCGUCACUUUAGAGUGGAGCGAGGAUACGGAAUAAGAAAGAAGUUGUUCUUUGUGUCCUGUUGCAUUCAGUGUGGGUUUUCUUUGUGUAAAUUAAAACACUGAAUGGGGAUACAUAAA